AUGGGCUCCUUGGUGUGGGGCUGCAUCACUGACUUCUUCACCUACGAGACCACCAAGUCUGUGGUGGUGAAGAGCUGGUCUGUGGGGAUCAUCAACCGGAUCGUUCAGCUGCUCAUCAUCACAUAUUUUGUCGGCUGGGUAUUCAUCCAUGAGAAAGCUUAUCAGGUGACCGACACCGGCGUCGAGUCCUCCGUGAUGACCAAAGUAAAAGGCUUUGGCUACCAUAACGGCCGUGUGAUGGAUGUGGCCGACUACGUCUUCCCCCAACAGGGUGCAGGUGUGUUCUGCAUCAUGACCAAAGUCAUCCUCACCGAAAAUCAGUUCCAAGGAAAAUGCGCAGAGUCUGUUAAGAUGUUUAGUUGUGACACAGAUAAAGACUGCCAAAAGCAUUUCGGUGCCAUCCUUUCAAACGGCGUGAUAACAGGUGUUUGCCUUAAACCCUCGAAUGACUCCAAGGGUCAGUGUGAGAUUGAAGGAUGGUGUCCAACCGAGAAUGACAGUGUCAAGACCUCACCGAUGCUGGAUGUGAACAACUUCACCAUCUUCAUCAAAAACAGUGUCCGAUUUCCACUCUUCGAUGUCACCAGAGGGAACUUCCCCUCCACAAUGACAUCUGACGAAAUCAAGAAGUGCACCUACCAUCCGGAGAAGAGCCCCUUCUGCCCCAUCUUUCGUGUGGGGGAUGUGCUGAACUACACUGGGCAGAGUGUGGCUGGCCUGGCAGACAAGGGUGGAGAAAUAGGAAUAAACAUUCAGUGGAAGUGUAACCUGGACCUGAACAUUGAAUAUUGCGUGCCCAAGUACUCUUUUACUCGACUCGACGCACCGUUUGCCAAGAAUGCCAUCUCCAAAGGCUACAACUUCAGAUUUGCCAAAUACUUCAAGACAGAGAAUGGGACUGAUUUCCGGACGCUUCACAAAGCGUAUGCAAUCCGCUUCGAUGUCAUGGUCACUGGCAAUGCAGGAAAGUUUGACACCAUCCCGACACUGAUCAACUUGGUAGCUGCCUUCACCUCCGUUGGACUGGGUACGGUUCUGUGUGAUGUUAUCUUACUGAACUUCUUGAAAGGGGCAGAUCAGUACAAAGCCAAGAAGUUUGAAGAGGUGUCAGAGGCUCAGAUCGCUGCAUCACUUGCUCAGAGCCCAGACAGCCAGCUGUCACUCAAAGCAGGUAUCAAGAGCUCGUACGACUCCGGAGCCAUUUCCCUCGCUACCUGUGACCAACCUAUCUGACUGACUACAACGACAGUCUGAAGAACUGGGCAUUCCUCUUUCUCUCUCUUUCUCUCUCCCUUAUUGCCUCACAAGAGACUCAUUAUGCCUUUUCUGGUCGUCAGGAUCCUGCAGUCAGUUUUUGUUUGCCAAGUCCGUGAAACUGGUUAAAGGGGGACAACACCGCUGCC